AUGCGGAAGCGGGUGGUGCUCAACGUGGCCGGGCUGCGCUUCGAGACGCGGGCGCGCACGCUGGGCCGCUUCCCGGACACGCUGCUCGGGGACCCGGCGCGCCGCAGCCGCUUCUACGACGGCGCGCGCCGCGAGUACUUCUUCGACCGGCACCGGCCCAGCUUCGACGCGGUGCUCUACUACUACCAGUCGGGCGGCCGGCUGCGGCGGCCGGCGCACGUGCCGCUCGACGUCUUCCUGGAGGAGGUGGCCUUCUACGGGCUGGGCGCCGCGGCGCUGGCGCGCCUGCGCGAGGACGAGGGUUGCGCCGUGCCGCCCGAGCGCCCCCUGCCCCGCCGCGCCUUCGCGCGCCAGCUCUGGCUGCUCUUCGAGUUCCCCGAGAGCUCGCAGGCCGCGCGCGUGCUCGCCGUCGUCUCGGUGCUUGUCAUCCUCGUCUCUAUCGUCGUCUUCUGCCUCGAGACGCUGCCCGACUUCCGCGACGACCGCGACAACACGGGACUCGCUGCAGUGGCUGCUGCUGGCCCGUUCUCCAGUCGGCUGAACGGCUCCAACCCGGUGCCCGGACCCCCGCCCCGUCUGCCCUUCGAUGACCCAUUCUUUGUGGUGGAAACGCUCUGCAUUUGUUGGUUCUCCUUCGAGCUACUGGUACGCCUGGUGACCUGCCCUAGUAAGGCGGCCUUCUUCAAGAAUGCCAUGAACCUCAUUGAUUUUGUGGCCAUCCUGCCGUACUUUGUGGCCCUGGGCACUGAGCUGGCCCGGCAGCGGGGGGUGGGCCAGCCAGCCAUGUCGCUGGCCAUCCUGCGAGUCAUCCGGCUGGUCCGCGUCUUCCGUAUCUUCAAGCUUUCCCGCCACUCAAAGGGCCUGCAGAUCUUGGGCCAGACGUUGAAAGCCUCCAUGCGCGAGCUGGGCCUCCUCAUUUUCUUCCUCUUCAUCGGCGUGGUCCUCUUCUCCAGUGCCGUCUACUUUGCCGAGGCCGACCGGGUGGACACCCAUUUCACCAGCAUCCCUGAGUCCUUCUGGUGGGCGGUGGUCACCAUGACUACGGUCGGCUAUGGAGACAUGGUGCCCGUCACUGUGGGCGGCAAGAUUGUGGGCUCUCUGUGCGCCAUCGCCGGGGUGCUGACCAUUUCCCUGCCCGUGCCGGUCAUUGUCUCCAACUUCAGCUACUUUUACCACCGGGAGACAGAGGGCGAAGAGGAAGGGAUGUUCAGUCACGUGGACACACAGCCGUGUGGCGUACUGGAGGGCAAAACCAACGGGGGGUUGAUGGAUGGAGAUGUUUCUGAGCUACCACCUCCUCUCUGGUCCCCUCCCGGGAAACACCUGGUCACUGAAGUGUGAGGCACGGCUGAGGUCUGCAGGGCCUCACACCUCCUUGGA